AUGCUUUAUACCGAGCCACGUUCACGGUCCCAAAGGCGGAUAGCCCACGCUGCUUUGUACCUAUCGCUUUUGGCAAGUACAUCAACCGCGCAAGAAUCAAAGCGUGGCUUCGCAUUUAUCGGCGACACUCACACCACUGACAACCGCCUACUGUCCUCCAACAGCCCACUGUCAUGGUACUACAACUGGAGUCCAUACCCCAACACCAACCUCAUCCCAUCCGACAGUCUAGAAUUCGUACCCAUGAUCCACGGUAUCGAUGCCACACAGACUCCACAGACUGAAAACGUCAUCCGCGGCCUGCCAGAAUCAUCGACCCACCUCCUCUCCUUCAAUGAACCAGACGGCACCACAGGAAGUGGUGGAAGUUCCAUCAAGCCCGAAGAUGCCGCAAAGGCGUACAUCGACUACGUCGUGCCCUUCCGCUCCGGCGACAAGGGUGGUCGAAAGUGGAAAAUCAGCCAUCCCUCCACCACCGGCUCACCCAAUGGUCUCGAGUGGCUACGCAGCUUCAACGAAAGCUGCUACGAGAUCGACAAAGAAAACGGCUGCCCGGCCGACUUUGUCAGCGCGCAUUGGUACGGUGCGUUCGAUGGGCUGGCAGCUUGGCUGGGCACGCUGAACGAGUUCUACAACGUGAACUCGUCGCGCAGUGAGAAUGUGUCGAUUUGGGUCACGGAGAUGGGCUUGCCGCAACAGAGCGCGGAGAAUACUGUGGGAAUGAUGAAUCAGACCCUACCGUAUUUGGAUCAGUUGGAGUAUGUGGAGAAGUAUGCGUGGUUUGGCGCGUUUAGGACUGAGGAUGCAAACGAGUGGACGGGCGAUGGCGUGGCGCUGUUUGAUGAAGAUGGCGGACUAACGGAGUUGGGGGCACUGUACAUGGGAGAUGGAUAUAAGGAGGGGCAGAAGGGCGAGGGAGAGGACAAUGCAGCCAUGGGAUCGAAGAGGAGUACGAGAUUGAUGGUUGCGUUGAGUUUAUGUGCGGUGGUGUUUGGAAUUAUGUAG